AUGGCUGAACUUGAUCUUGAUCACUAUCAAGCUAAGCCCACAAACAAUACGACAACAAGGUUAAAGCUUUUUGGGUUCAAUGUAUCGGAAGAUGAAGAAGUGGAAUCCACAAAAACACCAUCGGGAUCAUCAGACUCCGGCGGAGGAGGCUUCCCCUCUUCCGACGGCCGCAAAUACGAGUGUCAAUACUGUUGCCGCGAGUUCGCUAACUCACAAGCGUUAGGCGGACAUCAGAACGCACAUAAGAAAGAACGUCAACAGUUAAAGCGUGCACAAAUGCAAGCUAGUCGAAACGCAGCCGUUUCUUAUAUCAGGAACCCGAUCAUCUCCGCCUUUGCUCCGCCACCUCACCUCCUCACUCAGACAGGUCCGAUGGUGAUUCCGUCUUCCGCAGUCGCGUCCCCUUCAUGGGUGUAUGUGCCACGCGCUGCUCCAACAUUCCACAUGUCGCAUGGAUGCGUGCUGCCACCUACUUCGUCUUCUCCGACGUCCGGCGGGAGAGGACCAGGGUCGUUAUGCUACGCCGGCAGUGUAGGGGAGUCGUCGUUGUCAAGCGUUGGGCCGCAGCCGAAUAACCGGGCACAUCAUGAUGACGGGCCUUCGUUGAGUAGGUUUUCCAGGGGGGAUGGUGGGCCCAGCUUCGAUGAUACAUUUGGGCUUGAUUUACAUCUCAGCCUUUAG